UAUUAUGCUAAAUUUAAGCAUGAAACUACGCCUGAAGGGCUAAUAAAGAUAAGGAUAAAAAUUAUAUUGUAUAAAAUUAAAAAAUAUAUAAUACUCCUAUUUAAAUAUUUCCAGGUUACAAAUUUGCAUAAAUUUAUAUAGGUCUUUCAGGAAAAAAAUUAAUAAAUAAAACAAUUCAGUUCUUUAUAGACAAAGUCAUCGCUCGGUAUUUAUUGGUGUAACCGAAUAAAUACGAAAAAAAAACCUUAUAAGUAAGAAUGUCAUCUUUGCUGAAAUCGGUUGGAAAUAUUUGCUCUUUAGUCAGUUAAUAAUAUUGGAACCUCGCAAAUAAUAAUACGUAAGGUUUGUAGAAUCUCGGUUACACGCAGUUGCAAUUGUACUAUAGAAAAAAGGACUUUCACUACAACAUAAACAAAAAGUCUUCUAAUGUGUACCAUCACAAAAGCUCGGCGCUCGAAAAGCUGCGGCGCCCCGCCAGUCUGCCGGCGGCGCUCGACCGGCGUGUACGUGUCGUAGUUAGUCGUGCUCCGUGCAAACUUUACGCGAGUGAGUGUUGUGAGUGACGAUGCCCGCCCGCGCCGUGGCCCUCCUCGCCACCGCGGCCCUGGCCCUCGCGGCUUCCCCGCCCGACCCCUGCUAUGAGGACGGCCGCCCCAGGCGUUGCAUCCCUGACUUUGUCAACGCCGCUUUCGGAGCGCCCGUCGUCGCCUCGUCCAUAUGCGGAAGACGCGGCCCCGAGCGACUGUGCGACCCCCCUGGCGACCAGGCCCCGGAGAACGCUUGCAGGGUUUGCGACGCGGCCAGAUCCGACCGCAGACAUCCGCCAAACCAUCUCACUGACCUCAACAACCCCAACGACGUGACCUGCUGGCGAUCGGCUGCACUUACACCCGCAUCUUAUGAUUCGCCACCCGACAAUGUGUCUUUGACCCUAUCUCUCGGGAAAAAGUAUGAGUUGACCUACGUCAGUUUACAGUUUUGUCCGAAAGCGGCCCGCGCUGAUUCUGUCGCUAUUUACAAGAGCGCCGACUACGGCGUCACCUGGCAACCGUUUCAGUUCUAUUCGAGCCAGUGCCGUCGGGUGUACGGCAGGCCUAACAAAGCUACUGUGACCGCUGCGAACGAGCAGGAAGCUAGAUGCUCGGACUCCCAUAGAUUGAAUGGGGACAGCAUUGGAGGCGCUCGCUUGGCCUUCAGCACGCUAGAAGGCCGGCCGAGCGCUGCAAACUUCGACAUAUCUCCCGUACUACAAGACUGGGUGACAGCGACUGAUGUGAGGGUCGUGUUCAACCGUUUGCACAUGGUGAACGAGGGCGAUGAGGUGGAUAGCAAGCAGCAGGCGGCGCCUGGCAGCCAACACUAUGCCAUCUCUGAUUUCGCUGUGGGCGGGCGCUGCAAGUGCAAUGGUCACGCUUCUCGGUGUGUCCCGAUGAAGGGCGGGGAGGUGUCCAACGGGGUGCAGCAGCUGACGUGUGAAUGCAAGCACAACACCGCCGGGAGGGACUGCGAGAGAUGCAAGCCGUUCCACUUCGACAGGCCCUGGGGACGAGCGACGGCGAGGGACGCCAACGAGUGUAAAGAAUGCAACUGCAACGGGCACGCCCGCCGCUGCCGUUUCAACAUGGAACUGUACAAGCUGUCGGGACGGGCCAGCGGGGGAGUGUGUCUCAAGUGUCGACACUACACGGCCGGUAGACACUGCCACUACUGCCGCGAGGGGUACUACAGGGACCCCACGAAGCCGAUCACCCAUAAAAAGGCGUGCAAACCAUGCGACUGCCACCCGGUGGGAGCGAGUGGGAAGACCUGUAACCAAACGAGUGGCCAGUGCCCGUGCAAGGACGGCGUCACAGGUACCACCUGCAACCGGUGCGCUAAAGGCUUCCAGCAAUCGAGGAGUCACAUCGCGCCCUGCAUACGUAUACCGCGCGUGGUGACAGCUGUGCAAGCAAUGGAAGCGGUGGACGGCGAGCCGGGCCGCGUGGACCAGUGCGGGCGGUGUCGCGCCGGCGCUCGAACGCUAAAUCUCAACAAGUUCUGCAGCCGAGACUACGUCAUAAUGGGCAAGGUGGUGGGCCGCGAGGCGAGCGCGGCGGCGGGCGGGCCGGCGGGCGCGUGGGUGCGGCUGGCGCUGAGCGUGCAGGCGGUGUACAAGCGCGCGCCGCGCAGCCGCCUGCGCCGCGGCGCCACCGCCCUCUACGUGCGCGCCGCCGACCUCGCCUGCAAGUGCCCUAAGCUCAAGAUCAACAAGUCAUACCUAAUCCUAGGAGUGGAAAAAGAGGGAUCUGCGUCGGGGUUGCCGGGACUAGCGGUAGGCGAGCGCAGCUUGCUGCUGGAGUGGCGCGACGACUGGCACCGCCGCAUACGGCGCCUCCAGCGACGCGCCAUCAACUGUCAUUAGCCGCCCGCACACGCCCGCCAUCUUGGAAAAAAGCCCGCGCAAAAUCAUGCGAACAGAUUAAAAAUAUCAGGCGAAGGAACCGUGAGAACAGCCGAUGGGUUUUUAAAAAGUCGUGUUCUUGUUGUUUGGUAAGAUUCCGUCUUUGUUCCGUGCAAAAUGUGAAUUGAUAAUGUAGUUGUUUUGCUGUUACUGCCAAUAUAAGUGCUGUCCGUAAUAAAUCUCAUAAUAGGUACAUACAAUUUAACGUUUAAUAGUCGGAUUAGGUGAGAGUAAUUUAACAAAAUAUUAAUUAAAAUCGUAGGCAUAUAUGUUCGUUUUCACGUUACAUCAACGAUUUUUAUGCCAAAUAUUUAAAAAAAAAAGAGAUCACGUAAGUACGUACCUUCUAUGAAUUUCUCGUCCUAGGAUUUCGUUACAAAUUGUACAUUUCUAAGAUUAUUAUUUAUUUGAAUAGUUUAAUUGUAAGACUAAUGAUAUUUCGUUCCAAUUCAUGCAUUUUUGUAUAUUGUUAUUUUAUAUUCAAAAAGCGCAUGUUAAUAUUGUUUAUAAAGUACAACUAGCAACUGAGUCCGACACUGCCGGCCAUGAUUCUUAUGGCUUCCAUUUAGUGUCAUUCUGUUUUGUACUUCGAGAGUUGGUACGAAGCGUGUUGAUGAUCACAGUUUAGGUUUAGGUCGUUGUAGAGGGUUCAUCUCCACAAAUAUAGUCACAAUGGUUUAACGUACCUCAUUUAUUAAGUAAAAAUAUGUUAAGGGUUACAUUAUAUAUUUAAUUUAUAAAUUUAUCUAUAAUAGAUUUUCUACUAAGCUCGUGAAAUUGAGGAUGAUAUUUCUAUUAAUUUGACUAAUUAUUUUUCUCAAUUUCAUUUUUUUUUAUCUUGCCAAAGUAAUUUUAUUUUCGUCGUGCUAUCGAUUGAACGCUUAAUUAUCUGUACAGUCCAGAGACAUCGUUUCUUUUUUUUUUUUUAAUAUAGUAAACAUCACUGUUGUCGCAUUAUAAAUACGUUGCCUAACUAAAGGUAUGUACAGUAUUACUAGCUUUACUAAGUUAUAGUGACUAACAAUAAGUCUCUUUUGUUUUAAAAAAAAGUACAUUAGUUUUUUUUUUUAAUACAAGUAUUGAUCUCGUUAAUAAGUAUCUUUGAGAAGCGGACAAUUGUUAGUAACAUAACUAUUUAAUCUUAUAAAUACUUCUUUACCGAAACCUAAAAAAAAAUUGAUAUCAUAUAAAUGGGCUGUCUAGAAAAAGGACUUUUUAUCCUGGUACAAAAUAUUCCUUUAUGUUUGUCUCAGCUUCUCAAGUUACUCUUAUCAGAGACAAUCGUCAGCAUAAAUUUUAAUCCGGUCAUAAUAAAACACCUAAAAUAACAAUAAAUUGUACAAUGUUGCACAAAUUGUCAAAUGACCAUCAUUUGCAUUGGCCUGAAGCAAAAUCUUUCCAAUGUCAAUAACAGGAAAAUAUAAAUCAAGAUUUUUUUUACAUAAAUUUGAUAUAUUUUUAAAUUUAUACUUAAAUCAACAUCGAUAUAAACGCGUGAUCACUCACAAUUGAGCUGUCAAAAUUAUUUAUGGUCGCUCGAUCAAGUACAGUUACUGGCAGACUGGAACAAUGGUAAAUCAACCCGACGCACGUUUCGAUGGUACAACGUAAGUACUAUUCCACUAUCUAUGGUUUAUAAUAAUCCAGCCGCCAUCUUGUCUAAAAUCAAACAUUAACUAUUUGAUAUAGAAAACCUUGGAAAUAUAAUUAUUAUACACAUGUACACACAUACUAAUUAGUUAAUUUAAUACAUACGUGUACAAUAGAUUUCAGGCCAGAUUCGUUCAGACGUCAUGCUCCUUUUGACAGAUAGAUAAACACUUUAUUUGAGCCAUUUAUGACACACGUAAAUUAACAAUCAGAUUAUUUACAUUUUUUUUAAAUAUAAAAGAAAAGAUGAAAUAUGGCAAUAUGUUUUCACCGUGUGUGUCGCAGUGACCCAAAUAGGCUACAGCUCAGUGAUAGUUUUGCUUAAAAGCAAAGCACUGAAUCAGCUACAGCCUUAGUCUUGCUUGUUUAGUCUUCUAUGUUUAAUAUACAUAUAUGUAUAACAGAAUUUUAUGAACUUACUCUAUUUGUCAUUUCCGACAAAUAUUUCGACUUUAUGCAGAAGUCUUCUUAAGCGUAAGUACAAUAAAAUAAGUAACAUAACUUAAACAUUUAACACUAUUUUUAAAAUUUAUCUUUUAUGAACAAAAGUGAUUUGUUUUUUUAUCCGUUUUUCCCGCCAUUGUAAAAAACAAAAGGUGUUAACAUCUACAGCCAUUUCUUUAGUGUAUAAAAUUUACAUUUUUAACAGUAUUAACCCUUAAAUACCUGAAGUUUCAAAUUUGAUACCGGGGUUAUAAAUCGCAUUGGGCGCCUACAAUCGAUUUUAUUUUAAUAUUUGGCUGUUUACAUGUUACCAAAUGUUUUUUUUUUUCUCAAAAUAAAUAUAUAAAAAUAUCGUUUUGAUUUUUUUACUAUUUUUCCUCGUUAGUAAACACAGUAAAAGGUACACUUAUAUAUUUUUUUAAUUUGAUUUAAAAAAUCAGGCUUUUAAGGGUUAACAGAAAAUAAAUCCAUAGAGUUUCAUUAUUUAUUUUUUUCUAUAAGCUAAUUUGUACUUUUUUUAAAACAGAAGAAUAUGUAAACGGUAUAUAGAUAAAAAUACCUAUUUAAAAUGAAUUAGGAGUUUCGCUUGGUCGUACUACGGAUUGUAAAAAGUGUAUUUAGUUGUAGAAUCUAUUAACAUGUUUCUAGUUAUGCAUAUCUUUAGAUUUCGUAAUAUUGUAGUUAUUUCGAUAUAUUUUAUGCGCAUUACAUUUUUAUACCAUAGACAAGAAUAGAAUAGAAUAGAAUAGAAUAGAAUAGAAAUCAUUUAUUCAAAUAAACUUACAUUCAAGCACUUUUGAAAAGUCAUUACAUUUUUUUUAAUUUACCGCUCGUUCGGAAAGCUGUCUCAUCACAAGAAGAACGAGCAAGAAACUUGCGUGAUGCUCUUUUAAAUAUUUUUAUUAUUACUUUACAUUUUUAAGUUUAAUUGUGUGAAUACAAACCACCAAUUAGCACUAAUUCAAUUAAAUACUCAAAAAGAAAAAAAUAUUGAAUACAUAACCAACUGGUUAAACAAUUAAUAAGAGGAAAUCAGUCAUAGUGAUUAGAGCAGACCAGUCCCUACAAGCAGCACCCGUUCACGAGUAUGACGGAUGAGCCAGCCAUCACUGCGCUCGACCAUAUUUUAGGGAGCCCAAUGACCCGGCCCACCACGCCGCCACAAGUCUGGACAUUUUAGUGAGCACGACUACUCAAAACACUAGACCACGUCAAAGCUACUCACAAUUGCCAUCUGAUAGUUAUAGUAUUCACAUUUUACAUAAGAAUGCAUGCGGCAAUUAAUACAAAAAACCGCUACGCUUUCAUAUUUCUAAAAUUAAUCAAUUAAAUCAAGAAAGCAAUGAGAAAAUAAAAUUACAACGUUGUAUGCUAAUAAACUAAUUAUUUACUUGAUAUGUUGUCAUCUAUGAAUUCGUCUAUCCUGUAAUAGUUAGAGACAUUUCGAUUAAUAAUUAAAAAGAAAAAAAAAACAAAUAAUUGUAAUAGAGUACAUUUCAAAAACUUAUUUUUUAUCAUUAAAGUGGCGCGUAUAAAAUAUUUCAAAAUAUCUAAGUUUAUAUCUGAUCGUAAUUGUACCUAUAGUUAUAGUUGGUUUGUACCGUAUGUGACAUGUGUAUAUUAUUUUAAUUAUUUAUAUAAAAACAUUUAAUUUGGAUACUCCUGUGCAGUAGGUAUGCAAUUAACUCAAAGGCUGCUAAAUAAAUUAAAACUAAGGAAAUAAUACUUACUAUUGUAAUACAAAAAUACCAAAUUUAAUGCAUAAUAUUAAAAGAAAAUCAGCUAUAAAUAUUUUCAAACAAUGAUAUUUAUUAAAGGUUGUAAAAUCUACUGGACAAUCAAUUUAUUAUCUUCAAUAUUUUAGCACAAUUUGUGAAACCAUGUGUGAUCAACAUUUUAAUUAUUACUGUCACAUAAUUGUAUUACUUAUUUUACUUUAGUACUUAAUACAACAAUGUAAGGUAGACUUUUCAUUAAAAGUAUACUCUGUUAACCAAUAAUAAACUGUCUCAAAAAAAAAACCACUAAUAAAUUAAAAACCGAUGGUAAAAUAUAAUGAAUAGGAAGUAUAUAUAUAUAUAUAUAUAUAUAUAUAUAUAUAUAUAUA